AUGCAACGGCCAUAUUUACCGUCUAAUAAAUCACUGACAUCAUCAUUAGUACAAACAACGGGCGCAUUUAAACGUGCAAAUAAUAGCGUUACAACAGCAAAGCUUUUAUCAACAUACCAUGAACUUAUGGGUAAUCAAAAACCAAUUGCUCUAGACCGUUUUACCUAUAAACUUCAUAUAAAAUCGAAUUUGAAUAUCAAUAAUUUAAAUGAAUCAAAAGGAAAUCAUUAUCAUCACAAUUUAUUGACACAACUAAAUUCAUUGAGGGGAAGUCGCACGACGCAUCGUACGCCCACGGUUACUAGCGCGGCAACCAAUACUACCGUAGUGCCAAAUACAAAACUGAAUUCGUCGUCGAAUGAUCAAUCGACAGCUGAUAUCAUAGUACAAGCAAAUACUAUGCAUGUUGGUACAUUAGAUGAUCUUAUCAAACAAUUUCGUAACGCAGACUAUAAAAUUGUUAAACGGCCCGAUCUGAAUAUUGAUAGUACUCAAAAAUCUUCCGCAUCGAACAAGCAAACAUCAUUUGAUGGAGCAAAACAUAAACUUAGCCGACCAUUCUCAGAAUAUCAAAUGAAUGUUCCACUAAUAAAUGGAGGUUAUCAUCGUUCUAUAACAGCUGUUCUAGACACUAACAGCAAUAAAGACGGUAUGCAUCAAACUCUCAUGUACGACUAUCAAACAUCCGAACACGAUGACUACGAUUUUCAACUACCGCAUGAAACACACCAACAACGACAUCUCAGUACGCCUGUAUCAUUCAGUCAACAACUAACAGAACGUUUAUACGAUAAUGAAAUCAAUUAUAAACUAAAUAUUGAUAAACGUAUUAAAAAUGCUCGCGAAAAAGCAGAAAAUCGAACUGAAAAAAAAGUAUGUGUUUGUCAUAAAUUAACAAUUAUAGAUCCGUUUCAUACUUUAAAUAUUGAUACCGAUGAUACCCAGUUAUCUUAUUUAAAACAGAAUGUACCAUCUGUACGCUAUAUCUUUCCACCUGUUCGACCAUUUGGCUACUUGACAAGAAAAAAACAAUCUACUGACGAUGAUAACUCGACAUCUCCAUCGCUACCAUCAAAAAAGAAAUAUCGACGACGUAAAAAAUCUCGACAAAAUACAAGCACAACAACAGCAAUCAGUGAUGAAACAUUGGAAAAUGACUCGCUUGUAGAAAAAGAUGACGAUUAUGACAUUAUGACGUUAAAUGGAACAUUGGACGAUACGUAUAGUAGUUUUUUGGAAGCUGAAUCCAAUUUAACCCUCCCGUCUUUAAAUAUAGAUGAACAACAACAAAAGCUUUAA